AUGCUCUUUCCAGCUAGCGGUACGAGAACGCUUGUUAGUAUUAGAUAUUGUCAAAAAGGCAAAAUGGAUAUUGCUGCUAAUGUUCCACAACAUCCUCGAGUUCGAGAUGUACUUGCUGAUCAAUGUCAACGAUUAUUUUUUGAAUAUCUUGAAAGUUUUGGUCCAGAUGAAAAAAAAGCAAUGGUCGAUGAGUUAUGUCAGCCACAACGUUCAACACUACUGAUUAAUUAUCGGCACCUUGGAAAUUAUAAUGAGCGCUUAGCACGUGUUAUACAAGACGAAUAUUAUAGAUUAUUACCAGCUCUAUGUCGUGGAUUAAAACAAUUUUUUCGUGAACAUUUACCAAAAUUAGAUGCAGAAACGGAAAAAUUGGAAAGAUUUAAACGAAUGGUUCUUGGUGAUAAAGAGUUGUUUAUUGCAUUUAGUGAUGUAUCAAUGCGUUACAAGCUUCGCCAAUUGAAUACAUCUAAAUUAGGUAUGCUUAUUCGUAUUACGGGUCAAGUCAUUCGUACUUAUCCUGUUCAUCCAGAAUUAGUCUAUGGUACAUUUAUUUGUACUGACUGUCAAAUGGUUUGUCCAGAUAUUGAGCAACAGUUUCGUUUUACUCAGCCGAUUAUGUGUCGUAAUCCUGUGUGUAAUAAUCGAACAAAAUUUAUGUUAGAUUUAACACGUUCAAAAUUUGUCGAUUUUCAAAAAGUUCGUAUACAAGAAAGUCAAAAUGAAUUGCCACAUGGUAAUAUACCACGAUGUUUGGAUAUUAUAAUGAGAAAUGAAUGUGUUGAACAUGCAAAACCAGGUGAUCGUUGCGACUUUAUUGGCACACUCAUUGUUUUGCCCGAUGUUAGUCAACUAUCGAUACCGGGAGCACAUACUGAAAGUGCAGCGCGUACGCAUGCAACAGAUGGUUAUAGUGCUGAAGGUGUACGAGGCCUAAAGGCAUUGGGUGUGCGAGAUUUAACCUACCAUCUAGCAUUCUUAGCAUGUCAUAUAAGUCCAGCUGAACAAACAAGUGUCGAUUUAAUACUAAAUGAUGAGGGUAAAAAACGACGUUUAGAAGAAAUGAUGUGUGAUAGAAAUUUAUUUCAUAAUAUACGUACAAGUUUGUUUCCAACAAUUUAUGGUAAUGAUGAAAUAAAAUCAGGAAUAUUAUUAAUGUUAUUUGGUGGUGUACCGAAACGUACAAUGGAACGAACAACAUUGCGUGGUGAUAUUAAUAUUUGUAUUGUGGGUGAUCCAUCUACAGCUAAAUCUCAGUUUCUAAAACAAGUUUCUGAAUUUGCACCACGAGCUGUUUAUACAAGUGGUAAAGCAUCAACAGCUGCUGGUUUAACCGCGGCUGUUGUGAAAGAUGAAGAAUCAUUUGAAUUUGUGAUCGAAGCUGGUGCAUUAAUGUUAGCAGAUAAUGGUAUCUGUUGUAUUGACGAAUUUGAUAAAAUGGAUCCGAAAGAUCAAGUCGCUAUUCACGAAGCUAUGGAACAACAAACGAUCAGCAUAACAAAAGCCGGAAUUAAGGCUACUUUGAAUGCUCGUACUUCGAUACUAGCUGCUGCUAAUCCAGUUGCUGGUCGUUAUGAUAAAUCUCGUUCGUUACGUCACAAUGUAAACAUGUCACCACCGAUUAUGUCUCGUUUUGAUUUAUUUUUUAUUGUUAUUGAUGAAUGUAACGAUGUAACAGAUUAUAAUAUAGCCGAACGAAUUAUUGAUCUACACUCAAAUAAGCAAUCACAAUUACACCAAGCACUAACUUCAUCUGCUGAUCGUACCGUUUAUACAUUUCAAGAAAUCCGUGAUUAUAUAACACAUUCGAAAACAUUUCAACCAAAAUUAACGAUUAAAGCGAAAGAACAUAUUAUUCAACAAUAUAAACAAUUACGUUUACGAGAAACAAGUAGUGGUGGCGGUAGCAGUGGUCAUCGUUCACAUUCAUCAUCUUCAACACCGAUUACUGUACGACAAUUAGAAAGUUUAAUUCGUCUCUCGGAAGCAAUAGCAAAAAUGUAUUGUCAAGAAUAUAUUGAAGUUAAACAUGUACAAGAAGCCUACCGUUUGUUAAGUAAGGCAAUUAUACACGUUGAUCAACCAGAUAUUGAUUUAAAUGAAUAUAAUGAUUAUCAACAACCACCAAUAACCAACGAUCAGGAUGGAGAACAACAACAAAAUGGUAUUGAAGAAGACGAUGAAGAGGAACAACGACAGCAAGAUGAUGCAAAAAUUAGCGUGGACGAAUAUAAACGUCUUAGUAAUAUGAUGGUUUAUCAAUUGAGAAAAUUGGAUGAAGAACAAGGACAACAACAACAACAACAGCCAAUGCCAGGUGUGAAACGUCGUGAAUUAACUGAUUGGAUUCUUGAACAAUUGGCACCAGAAAUUGGUAGUGUUGAUGAAUUAACGAAAAAAAAGAAUUUAAUUGAUAAAAUAAUUAAUCGACUAAUACAUGUUGACGAGAUAUUGAUACAAUUAGAUAAACGUACGGUGAGUGAAUUUGCUGGAAGCAGUGCCGAUGAACAACAACAAUCAAUGGAUGUAGAUGGGACAGAAGAUGAGGAUGAUGAAGAAGGAAAUAAUUUCUUUCUACUGGUUCAUCCAAAUUAUGUACCAGAUGAUCAAUAA